GCCGUGUUCGUUUGCAGUGUGGGGUGCAGUUCUGUAGUCCAUGGGCCUGGGGGCAUGCCUAGGGAUGUGGGUGGGGUGCAGAGCAGCUGCUGGGGCAGACAGUGUGUGCCGGGGUCCUGGGGAGAGGCAGGACUGUGAAGCGUUGGUGCCCCCACCUCCUGGGAAAAAGUAGGAGUAAGUCUGGAACCCGGGCGGGCGCUCCCUCCCUCUCUGAGGCAGAGGUGCUGGGUUUAGCUGUGGCUUGGCUGUCAGAGAACCCAGUUGCCUGGUGUCUGUAUUCCUUGAGGUUGAUGCUUUGCUGCCAAAACACAGGUCUCUGCUGUGAGUCUUAGGUUCUACCCCCACCCUGCCACUGCCCACCCCGUGGAACCCAAGCUGCACAGCCAGGGCAGUGAAACUGUUAGCUCAACGUCGAAGAAAGUAGAUCUAUCUUCUAGGGGUUUUUCUAAGCCAUCUCUAAGAUAACUUAUAAAGGGUUCUUAAUGUGCAUUUUGGCUUCUCCUUUUUCUCACACUUACCUUCUCUGCUUCUUCUGGAAGAAUCUCAGGCUUACUUGGAUCUAUAGGCCCUGCUUUGGAGAACACAUACGUAACAGUCCAAGCCUGACUACCUGAGGUAGCAGUAGCUGGGUUUCAGUUUUAAGCACUUCCAUUCAGAGAGCGAAGAUGAGACAGCAUAUGAAAUAGUGUUGUGUUUGAUUUUCAGCAGGUGUUGGCUUGUCUUGGAUUUCUAGUUUCAGAAAAGACAAGUGGACUUUUGUGGGUUAUACUGGUCAUUGAGAAUUUAGGUGAUGGUGGAAUGGGUUACAUGUAAAAUAGUAGCCCUAACCCUUUGAGAGUUUUAAUCUGUGGACAGUUGGGAAAACGUCUGAGUCAUGCUCUGUUACUUUCACACGCCACAUAAAUCAAAAGAUCAACAGCUACGUUUGAGUCAAAUCAACGUGUGUGUAUGUAUAUAGAAUCAUAUGUAGUGUGCUGUCAUCGUGCCCAGGGUGUAUGCCCUAGGCAGUGACUAAAGGGAAUUUUAAAUAAGGUAUCAGACUUGUGGAUUCCUUUUAUGGAAUCACUUUAUUGAUGGUGGUUACAGGCUGUGGGCCAGAUUUGGUGCUUGUGGGCAUUUGACUCUAACCUGAGUUAAUAUAACUGCUUUGUGCGUGGCGUGUACCUGUGUGUACGCUGAACGCUUAGUGUGCUUCCCUGUGGAGUCUGGAGAUUUCAGCAACUGGAGUGUUUCGACAGGGUCAGUAAUUUGUAGAGGGGUUCGUGUGCUUCCAGGUUCACCAAAAACUCUUCUGUCAGUUGACAGCCCCAAACAGAUGGGAACAAUAAGAAAUUUUUCUUCUGGGCUCUGAAAAAUAGUUUACAAUGAUUCGGGUAGACUUGGUUCACGUGAAUUAAUGUGUUAGUUUAGAAAUGCAGUCUUGUCAUCAAGGGCUAGAUCUUAAAUUUGCUUCUGUUUCUAUAGCACGAGAGCUCAGCAUCUGUAAAGAGCCAGCGUUUGACAUUUGUGACUGGCGUCUUUCUUGUUUAUGUCAAUGCGUUAGGUAUUUAUUGGUGCCUGUUAGUUGCGAGACCUAGUGUGCUGUGGGUCCUGCUGCUACAAACGCUUCAUGUAGAGAAGACAUAGGCAUGUUAGAGAAAGGGAUGGUGACUUGUGAUUAGCUCCUGUUUGAACACAUUCUCAGGCUAGUUACUUUUGGUUUCCAGGGACUCGGUUUGUUCUUCAACCUAGUGAGCUACAGGGAAUCUGUCAGGGUGUGGCUCAGGUGGUCCGGUGUGCAGGCCCCCCUUUCCUGAGGUGGUGUCCUGGACAGAGGACAUCAGAUGUCCAUGAGCAGGUGUGGAGCUCUCUCCAUGCCGAUGCGGCUCAUGAGAAAGUGACUGCGGUUGAAGCGCUCUGUAAGUAGCAGGGUGCCGUGGCCCACUGGGCCCUGACCUUAAGAAACAGACCGUUCCUGCUGAGGCCAGGAUUGCAGCCUGCCCAGUAGUUUCCAUAAAAAGUCAUUAGCAGCAGAAAUGUCAUUUGGGGCACAUAAUUGCGACCCAUCCUCCAUCUGUGUGGAUGCUUUUUGCUUUUAGCUGUCGGCAGCUGUUGGCAGGUGGGGACGUAGGUGUGGGGGACACAGUGUGUGCAGGCCAGGGCUUAGCAGUGUGUGGUGGUGGCCAGGGAGAGCCACUCUAUGUUGGUUUUAUUUUGCACCCUCUGGCUUGUUCGGUGCUCCCGGCAUUUGAGCCUGACGUGCCCCAUGGAAGCCCUCCCUCCGGCCCACCUGCAGCCUGGGCCACGGACAUCAUGGCCAGCUGUGUGGCACUCUCCCCCCUUGGCUGGGUUGAGAGGCACAGCCAGAGCUUGUGGGUUCUGUAGGCCCCUGUAGGUUGUGGCAGGAGGGACCGGACACCGUGGUGGAGGGUUCUGUCUGAAUCCUGAUCGAGUUUCUUCCGCAUACUCCACGCAGGCAGUAGCAGCAGCAAAACCUUUAGUUCCAUGACCUCUGAGAGGGUGGGUGGUUUGAUUUUCAGCUUAUAGAGUUAAAUCGUAUGGACUGUGUGCUUACUUAGCUAAAACGUGUAUUUGUAUGUCAUUUUUUUCAGUCCCUUCAAGUACCCAUUUGCUGUCAGAGGAGGUUUCCUGUAAGAGAGGCUCUAACAGUGCCACUUUCUGACAGAAGCGUCUUUAAGAUUGUCUACACUGGUGACGAAAGGACACCUCUGUGUGUGGAUGGUGUCCUUUGACUCAGUCCGUGGUGUCAGAGGUGACCCACAAUUGACUGUGCAUGAUGAGAGCGUGCCUCUGGAGGCGUGCCUUGCCAUGUUCGCACGUGUUGUGAGGCGUACUGAACGUGAGGAGUUGCAGCAGGCAGAUGGCACUGGCCUUGGGGACAUGGGACUCAGGAUGCCCACCUGCCCGAGGGGCUGUGUUGUGGCUCCCUGUCUUUCUCUGAGCGUCGCUGGGGCAUCUCACGUUCACACAGUAGUCGGGAUGAGAAGCACCUUCCUUCAGCUCCAGCCAUCCUGCCUUGCCGGUCAUUCAGCUCAUUAGCUGUGCCGGCAGGUCCUCAGGCUGUGGUUGGCGCUGGAGGGGAGUGGCAUUCUCCGCGUUCUGGGCGUUCGCUUCUUAGUGUGAGAAGCAUUCUGUAGUUGUAAAAGUUUCCAGAAAUUGUUUUCACGUAGAGCAAACCUUGUGGCCAAAAUAUGUCUCUGUUGAACAUUUAAAGUGAGUUUCUGGCUUCUAGUCUGAGCGGGAGGGCUUCGCUGCGAGUCUUGUCUUGAGAAAACCUCUGGUUCGUGUGUCCAUGGACCCACCUUUCCUAAUCCUUGUCCUCUUAAUGGUUUCAACAGGACAGAUUGAUUCACUUUGGAGCUGUAAGUACUGAUGUAUUAGGGUGCAGCGCUCAUUGUUCAUUGACGCACAGAGUCCCAAAAUGAAUGUCCAAGAGCAGGGUUUCCCCUUGGACCUUGGAGCAAGCUUCACCGAAGAUGCCCCCCGGCCCCCCGUGCCUGGUGAGGAGGGAGAACUGGCGUCCACAGACCCAAGGCCCAUCAGCCAUGGCUUCUGCUCUGGGAAAGGUGCCGGCGUUAAAGGCGAGACUUCGACAGCCACGCCGAGGCGCUCGGACCUGGACCUGGGGUACGAGCCCGAGGGCAGCGCCUCACCCACGCCGCCGUACUUGAAGUGGGCCGAGUCCCUGCACUCCCUGCUGGACGACCAGGAUGGGAUAAGCCUGUUCAGGACUUUCCUGAAGCAGGAGGGCUGUGCCGACCUGCUGGACUUCUGGUUCGCCUGCAGUGGCUUCAGGAAGCUGGAGCCCUGCGACUCGAACGAGGAGAAGAGGCUGAAGCUGGCAAGAGCGAUCUACCGAAAGUACAUCCUCGAUAACAGUGGCAUCGUGUCCCGCCAGACCAAGCCAGCCACCAAGAGCUUCAUAAAGGACUGCAUCGUGAAGCAGCAGAUCGACCCGGCCAUGUUCGACCAGGCGCAGACAGAAAUCCAGUCCACCAUGGAGGAGAACACCUACCCUGCCUUCCUCAAGUCCGAUAUUUAUUUGGAGUAUACGAGGACAGGCUCAGAGAGCCCCAAGGUCUGUAGCGACCAGAGCUCUGGGUCAGGGACGGGGAAGGGCGUGUCCGGAUACCUGCCCACCCUAAACGAGGAUGAGGAAUGGAAGUGUGACCAGGACCUAGAGGAGGAGGGAGGCAGAGACCCUGCCCCCCCCAGCAGGCUCACUCAGAAGCUGCUCCUGGAGACGGCUGCCCCGAGGGCCUCCUCCAGUAGACGGUACAGCGAAGGCAGAGACUUCAGGUAUGGAUCCUGGCGGGAGCCCGUCAACCCCUACUACGUCAACGCCGGCUAUGCCCUGGCCCCGGCCACCAGCGCCAAUGACAGCGAGCAGCAGAGCCUGUCCAGCGACGCGGACACCCUGUCGCUCACCGACAGCAGCGUGGACGGGAUCCCGCCGUACCGCACCCGCAAGCAGCACCGCAGGGAGAUGCAGGAGAGCGUGCAGGUCAACGGCAGGGUGCCGCUGCCGCACAUCCCCCGCACCUACCGCGUGCCCAAGGAGAUCCGCGUGGAGCCCCAGAAGUUCGCGGAGGAGCUGAUCCACCGGCUGGAGGCCGUGCAGCGCACACGGGAAGCCGAGGAGAAGCUGGAGGAGCGGCUGAGGCGCGUGCGCAUGGAGGAGGAAGGUGACGACGGUGACCUGUCUUCCGGUCCCCUGGGCGCGAGUCACAAGCUGCCGCCCGGCCCCUCCUGGCACCACUUCCCGCCGCGCUACGUGGACAUGGGCUGCGCCGGGCUCCGGGACGCGCACGAGGAGAACCCCGAGAGCAUCCUGGACGAGCACGUGCAGCGGGUGCUCCGCACGCCCGGCCGCCAGUCGCCCGGGCCCGGCCACCGCUCCCCCGACCCCGGGCACGCGGCGAAGGUGCCGGCGGCACUGGGGGGCGGCUCCUCUGCGCACAGCAAGCACCUGCCCAAGUCAGGCGCGAAGCCCGACGUGGCCGGGCUGCACCACCACCGGCACGUCCACCACCACUUGCACCACGGCACCGCGCGGCCCAAGGAGCCGGCCGAGGCAGAGGCCGCCCGCAGGGCCCAGGCCGGCUUUGCGUGGGGCCUGGAGCCACACGGCCAUGGAGCCAAGCCCCGCGGCUACUCAGACAGCGCGGGCGCCGGCGACGGCCUGGCCCACGGCGGGAAAGCGGCUGCGCCCUCCAAGAGGAACGCCAAGAAGGCCGACGCUGGGAAGGGUGCCGGCGUCGAGGUGCCGGGGCCCUCAGAGGACGCGGAGAAGACGCAGAAGAUCAUGCAGUGGAUCAUUGAGGGGGAGAAGGAGAUCAGCAGGCACCGCAAGGCCGGCCACGGGUCUUCCGGGGCGAGGAAGCCACAGGCCCACGAGAGCUCCCGGCCUGUGUCCCUGGAGCGCCCUGGGGCCGUGCACCCCUGGGCCGGCACCCAGCUGCGGGCCUCCGUGCAGCCCUCACACCUCUUCAUCCAAGACCCCACGAUGCCGCCCCACCCCGCCCCCAACCCCCUGACCCAGCUGGAGGAGGCCCGCCGGCGCCUGGAGGAGGAGGAGAAGAAAGCCAGCAGGCUGCCCUCCAAGCAGAGGUAUGUGCAGGCGGUCAUGCAGCGGGGACGCUCCUGCGUCAGGCCAGCCUGCGCGCCGGUGCUGAGCGUGGUGCCAGCCGUGUCGGACAUGGAGCUCUCCGAGACAGAGACGAAACCCCAGAGGAAGGCGGGCGGCGGCGGGAGCGCGCAGGCCUGCGACAGCGUCGUGGUGGCCUACUACUUCUGCGGGGAGCCCAUCCCCUACCGCACUGUGGUGCGGGGCCGCGCCGUCACGCUGGGCCAGUUCAAGGAGCUGCUGACCAAGAAGGGCAGCUACAGAUACUACUUCAAGAAAGUGAGCGACGAGUUCGAUUGUGGAGUGGUGUUUGAGGAGGUUCGCGAGGACGAGGCCUUCCUGCCCGUCUUUGAGGAGAAGAUCAUCGGCAAGGUGGAGAAGGUGGACUGACCACCGGGCCGGCCACACGCCACGAGGACAGUCCCGGUGCGCCGCGCAUCGGUGUGGCAGGGAAGGGCCGGGUGCACCGCCCUCCUGGCCUGCCUGUGUCUGGCGCGGGCCCACCCGCCCCACGGCCAUCCUCAGGGCCCGGCCUCGGCCCCACGGGCGCUCAGCACGGGAGUCCACGUCCCCGCGGGGCUCGCCUGUAGCGGUCUGGCCGGGCCCAGGCCGAGAGCAGGGGCCUCCACGACUUGUACAUGUCACCGAGUGCCUUUGACACAGCGUGUCUCCUACCUGCCACUGUGUGGACCCCCCGCCUGGCCUCAGCCUCAGCCACUCGGUCGGCGGUCCCGGGCCCCUCCUGGGGCCGUGUAAAUAUGUACAUUUCUCAGGCCGGGCGGCAGGGGGCCGCCCACGCCCAUUUUUCACACGAUGACUUGUACAAUUAUCUUUUCAAAGGUACUUGGAUAAUAAUGAAAUAAAACCGUUUUUGAACCUG